AUGGGUUGCUGUAGCCACUUCAAUUUCCUAUUUCUCUGUUUUCUUCUUAUCUUCUCCAACAUUAUAUCUACCUCUAUAGCCAAGAAAUCUUCUUCUUCUUCCCAUCCACAUGUCAAAACCCUGGUUCUUCCUGUAACCAAGGUCCAUUCCAAUUUCGGACCAGACCAAUACGUUACCGAGAUAAAAAAGAAGACUCCUCUUCUCCCCAUUAAAGUCUCAAUAGAUAUUAGCCUUGACAAGCCUUUUCUAUAUUGUGAACGAUCCUAUGUCCGUUACACCUAUAAGCCUAUAAACUGCAGCUCUCCUCUUUGCUCUUUUGCCAACUACCCUCUCAACCCUUGUUACAGCGAUAACACUUGCGCUUCCUACACCUAUAAUAAUAUUGGCGAUAGAUAUGCCAGUGGUCAGUUAAUCCAAGACAUCGUCACCGUCAAAUCCAUCGAUGGCCGCUCUGUUUCUGUGCCUAACUUCAUCUUCGUUUGCUCCAUCGAAACCUUCUCGUUGGGUGGCCUUGCUAGUGGUGUCAAAGGUAAGUUUGCCAUUUGCUUGAGCCCCUUUGAAAGUUCUAAUGGCUCCAUCUUCAUUGGGAAUGGACCUUAUGUUUUGCAACCUGGAAACAUUGAUGUUUCCAAGUUUCUCACCUAUACAACUUUCAUCACCAACUACUAUUAUAGGGAAUUCUACCUCUUAUUGAAGGCUAUCAAGGUCGAUGGCAAACUUGUUCCAUCUGAUACAUGGAAAUACAAGCUAACCUUCAACUACGAUAAGAGUGACAUUAAUGGUGGAACAAAGAUUGGUACUGUCUAUCCCUACACAGUCAUGGACAGUGUGAUACUUUCUUCUGUGGUUGAUGAAUUUGUGAAAGCAUUGGGGAAGAACAUCCCGAGAGUAGCAAAUGUGACUCCAUUCGAUGUUUGCUUUAACUCGACCGGCAUUGCGAGGACACACCUUGGCCCGGCUGUGCCUACCAUUGAACUUGUGUUUAACAACAAUGCGGUUUGGAAGAUAUAUGGAGCUAACUCCAUGGUGGAGGUUUCCAAGGAUGUCAUGUGUCUUGCUUUUGUAAGCAAAAAGGGUGGUUUCUGGUCAAGAGCUACCGUUGAGAUUGGAGGUUAUCAAUUAGAAGACAAUCUUGUUCAGUUUGAUCUAGAUAACCACAGGGUUGGAUUCAGCUCUUCUCUGCUCUCCAAACGGACUUCUUGCUCCAACUUCAAGUAUACAAAUCAUGCUUAAUUGAAAACCCAUAUCCAUAUGGACAAGCUAAGGUUUCAAUAGCAGCGUUUUAUUUUAUUUUAUUUUCUUGUUAAGGUUUCAUAUAAUCUGAUUUGAGUAGUAAUGACAAUCCUUGACAAGCGGAUGGUGUUAUCUUAAUCAACUACUAUUUUUUUCUAAGGAUUAAUUUCCUUUUUAAAAUUAUGGGUUACAUAUAAUAUUUUAUGUCAUAGUGUUUCACAAUUCAUGGUAUUGACCACAUGAUGUUGUAUUAUUUGUCCAUUGAAAGAUUUUAUAAUCCUAUAGCUUUCAUCCUUACUAUACUUUCAAUUUAAAUGGAAACUCCUUCUUACUUCAAUUAUAAAAUGUUAUGGAUCUUGGAGGAUAGUUUCUGUGGUUUGAUUGUAUUAGUGAGCACAGUUCAUCUUCAAUGUACCACAAAUAUCCCAUCAGCUGUGUUUGUAGCAAAAAAUCAAUGUUAAAAACUUGUCCAAGGCAA